AUGAAGUACAAUCUCCAGAAUCAGUCACAAAGAAUGGCUUUUGCUGGGCUUUUCGUCAUUCUUCUACCCAUUUUAUGUCCUCAUCUCUUCAUUCCAUUGAGCCGAUCCUAUCCUUCUCUCUUCUCCGAGUGGAAUGCUCCAAAACCUAGGCAUUUGCCUCUACUCAAAGCUGCUUUAGAUCGACAUAUUCCUGUUAGACAACGGAAUGAGCUGUGGUCUCCUUUGCCUUACCAAGGGUGGAAGCCUUGCGUUGAACCCACACCGAUUCACUCAUUGCCAACAAAGUCCCUAGGCUAUAUCCAAGUGUUUCUUGAUGGAGGAUUAAACCAACAAAGAAUGGGAAUAUGUGAUGCGGUUGCUGUUGCUAAAAUACUGAAUGCAACACUUGUGAUCCCACACCUUGAAGUAAAUCCCGUUUGGCAAGAUGCAAGUUCAUUUGCGGAUAUAUUUGAUUUGGAACACUUUAUUGAUACCCUAAGUCAUGACGUUGCAAUAGUUAAAGAGCCACCCAGCGAGUACUCUUGGAGCACGAGAGAGUAUUACGCUACAGGCAUACGAGCUACUAGAAUCAAAACAGCACCUGUCCAUGCUUCAGCUGACUGGUAUCUGGAAAAUGUAUUGCCUGUGUUGCGGAGUUACGGAAUUGCUGCCAUUGCCCCAUUUUCUCACCGCCUGGCUUUUGACAAAUUGCCCACAAAAAUCCAGCGCCUACGUUGUAAAGUCAAUUUUCAAGCACUAGCUUUCGUUCCUCAUAUCAGAGUGCUGGGAGAUACACUCAUUAAUCGUCUCCGCCAUCCUUUUGGGAAGCUUCAAACCUCUGGAACUGAGUUCCUAAAAGAGAGGACAGAUGAUACUGAAUUCGGGGGAUCUGGAAAGUUUGUCGUGUUACAUCUUCGCUUUGAUAAAGACAUGGCUGCUCAUUCAUCAUGUGAUUUUGGUGGGGGUAAAGCUGAAAGACUUGCUCUAGCAAAAUACCGCCAAGUGCUUUGGCAGGGAAGAGUUUUGAACUCUCAGUUCACAAAUGAGGAGUUGAGAAAUCAAGGGCGUUGUCCAUUGACUCCCGAAGAGAUUGGAUUGCUACUAGCAGCUUUGGGCUUCAGCAAUAGCACCCGUCUCUACCUUGCAUCACACAAGGUUUAUGGUGGAGAAACAAGGAUCUCUACUUUAAAAAGAUUAUUCCCCUUUAUGGAUGAUAAAAAGAGCCUUGCCUCUGCAGAGGAACUGGCAAAGGUUGACAGCAAGGCUUCCCUGUUGGCUGCAGUUGACUAUUAUGUGAGUUUGCAGAGUGACAUCUUUAUCUCUGCUUCUCCUGGAAACAUGCACAAUGCUUUGGUUGGACAUAGAGCUUACCUAAACUUGAAGACCAUAAGACCAAACAUGGUGAUGUUGGGCCGGCUUUUCCUGAACAAUAGCAUAGAGUGGCCAGAAUUUCAGCGUGCAGUUCUCAAUGGGCAUAAAAGUAGACAAGGGCAGAUCAGGCUGAGAAAGGAGAAGCAAUCGAUAUAUACAUACCCUAUCCCUGAUUAUAAUAUUCGCUUCCCUUCAGAAACUGUGAUUGCUCGGGAUGAUUGGCUGCAAGAUAUUCCUAAAAUAUCCAUACAUUGUGAAGAUAUCUCAGAAAAGUAA